UCUUAUCACAAGCUGACUUUACGCCGACAGGAAAAGGACGUAGCGAUGGAAGUCGUCAAACAACGCUAAGUUAGUGUUAGUUGUCUGAAGAGCAGAAAAAUGUACACCCUAGAAAAUAAUUAACUAUUUGUUUUACAAUAAUCGCCAACCGGCACGCUAACAGGAAGCGUUUCGGGUGCAGAGCCAGAAACCGAUAUUCCAACAUUGUAACGGCUCUUCAAACGGCCCCGGCUGACGUCAACAGGUUCGCGAGGAGCAGUCCCAGUCAUCUCACCUGAUCUGACACUCACAUCGACUGAUCCACCGACCUGUCAGCAUGGCUAAUGCAGACUCUGUCGGUCUGCGGGUCUUCUCUCUCAACUGCUGGGGGAUCCGCUACCUCAGCAAACACUGUCCUCAGCGCUAUGACAUGAUUGGAGACACGUUGUGCAAGGAAGAACAUGAUAUUGUCUUACUGCAAGAGGUGUGGAGUGAGAAAGACUAUCUCUCCUUGAAACAGAAACUUGGCUGUAGUCAUCCUCACUCUCAUUACUUCAAAAGUGGAGUCAUAGGCAGUGGGCUGGCCAUUUUCUCCAAACACAGAAUCCGUGACACGUUUCUUUAUCGCUACUCUCUCAAUGGUUAUCCUUACAUGGCUCACCAUGGAGACUGGUUUGGAGGGAAAGCUGUCGGGAUGGCCGUCUUAAACAUUGGCAGCCUGACUGCAAACGUCUAUGUUACUCAUCUGCAUGCAGAAUACUGCAGAGACAAGGAUUCUUAUCUACCUCAUAGAGUGGUUCAGUCGUGGGAGCUGCAGCAGUUCAUUCGCCACACCUCUGCUGGAGCAGAUGUGGUGAUUUUAGGUGGUGACCUCAACAUGCACCCUCAGGACCUCGGUAACAGACUACUGAGGACUUCCACUGGACUCCGAGACUCUUAUUUAGAGACUGCUAAGUUUGAUGGGUGUGAGGACGGUUUGACUCUGAUAGCCGACAACCCUUUUAUUAGUAAAAAGGAGCUCGCUCCCUUUGAAAAGGGAAUUCGAAUCGACUACAUCAUGUUCAAGGGUUCUUCCAAAGUAGCCAUUUAUUGCGAUUUCAUGUCCACCACCAAAGGCUCCGUCCCAGACCAUCCAUUCCCAUACUCCGACCAUGAAGCUCUGACGGCUGAACUUAGGCUGGAGACACACGCUCCAACUGAAACCGACAGUGACAGGAAAUCGGGAAAUCUGGCCACUGCUGCAGGGAAGGUGGCUGAGUUGGUAGACAUUGUGACAGAGGCUCGUACUGAAGUCAAGGUGGGUCUGCACUGUGCUGAGAGGAUGCGUUACACGGCAACGCGCACCGGAGUGAUGGGGUUGGCUCUGCUCUUUCUGGAGCUGGCCAUCGCUGCUGUGCCCUGGUUGGCCCUGGGAGCUGAACAACCUUUCCCUCGUACCUCCUUCUACAUGCUGGCUGCGCUGUGCUUCGCCAUCCUGCUGACCACCUUUCUGCUGUACAUCUUCUAUACCAUGGAGCUGAAAUCUCUGCAGGGGGCUGAAGACCAGAUGAGGCUGGCUGUAGGUAGUCUGCAAGAGAAGCUCAGGGGCUUUCCUUUGGCUCAGCCCCACAACACCCAGCGGAGGCCCCCAGAGGGUCUUGAGCCCAGUGCCUUUGACCCAGAGGAAUAAAGCCGGAGCCAACUGGGUCAAAGUGGGCACACUGAGAGAAGCCUUUGAAGUUAGCUUUAAGAGAUGGAUGUUUGAAGGAGUCAUUUAUGCUCUGAAUGUGUUUUGUGCUCUUGAGAUUCAGAUUUGUAUUGCAGACUGAAGGAGUUUUUGAAAGUAGUGCAGGACACAUGCUUUGACAUUUUUAUACUUUUUAUAUAAUCGUCUUUAGCCUUUUUUACCCCUAGAUUUCCCUCUAUGCACUUCAACAAACACACUUCCUAUUACAUAGUAUGAUACUUCUGUGUUGCUGUUCUUAAAGGCCAGAAACGUGACCAUUUGUGUUAUUCAAGCCUGAGGUCCGACUCGCAUUCCACCCACCAGUAGUUUCAGCGGGACCAGUUGUUUCUGUUUUUAAUUCCAUGCUUCCCUUUUCGCGAUUUGGAGAGUCAACCACACAGUCGCAGUGGGUCCAGACCAUUUGCUGAAAGAAAGUAGCCCUUUCUGUAAGUAAAUCUUCUGUGCAUCGUGAUCUCCACUGCACAGAAGACACAGACACUCUGAAGGUUGUAGGUUUACAUUUUGGUCAGUAACGUUUUUUCUAUGGAGGACAGAUUGCUGAGAGCUUUCAGUAGCACUUAAAGAUCCUCACGCACCAAAGCUUUUCAGUGUAGUAUACUGUAGGAAAAGGCAUAGGCUCUGCAUGUCUCAGCUAUAUUGUUCACUGUCUUGCACUUGAAAGUAUCUUAUUGUUAGAGACAAUCUUCACUCCUCUUUCCCAAAAUAUACCAGUAGGACUGUGCUGAAGAUAUUCUGUCAUAUAUAUAUACUCUUAACUUUGACCUAAUUUUUUGUUUUACAAAACAUCAUGUACUGUAGAAAAUUACAAAUGCUUAAUAUGUCUUUAGUGUGCAGUGCACUGACUUGACUAACCAGAUAAACCACUUCCUUUUAUGUAUGCUAGAGAAUGAAUUAAUGUCCCAUAUCUCUACUGAACAGUGGAAUGACUUAGCAAGCAAGAGCCAGACUGAUGACAGAUCAUUUUUAAAAUGUAUUCUUAACUUUCACCUCAAUGUUGGUAGUUCUUAAUUUUAUAAAGGUCAUAUAGUUUCAGGUAAUACCUGAUGUUCAUUCCAAUUGAAAAUUGUGACAGGCAUGAUUAUGACAGCAAUAAUAAAGACUUUAUUCUCA